GAAGGAGCCAGAAACGAAAAUCUGCGUUUCUCUGCGUUGGUCCUGGCUUUGGGGAGAAACAGGUUAUUGUUUUGUACUGCCCUUGUGGGGUGGUGGUGUGUCGGCUUUUCUACAAGCGUGCUGAGGCAAGGUGGGCUAAUUUUGUGGAAACAGUUGAAG